AAUAGUUGUUAAACCCAAGGACAAAGUAGAAGGAAAGUGCACAGAGGUUGAAUUGAAAUAAAGAAAGAAAGGAAGAGCACUAAAAAUAAAAUAAAAAAAAAAGAAUUAAAGAAUUGUGUUUUUGUGAAGCCAAAAGAAGAAGUUUCUCUUUGAAAGAAAAUGUUGGGUCAGUUUCUCACUACUUUUCCAUUAAUUUUUCUCAAAUUCCAGAAGAUCAGAUUUUCUUCUCGUUUGGUCUAAAUAAGAUAUUGGCCCUAUUGGAAUUUUCACUUAUUCAGAUUCUUAGCUACAAUCUUGUCACCAACUAGGAUUAGCUGUUGAUAUGACUUUUAUUGAUUCCUCUUGAGGUCUUUCUCCCACAUCAGGUAUCCAAAAAAAACUGCAGAAGGAUUUCAACUCCGAGUGACCAAUGUCCGGGCCUUACAAUAUAUGAUACAACAAUCAAUCUUCAACACUGAAUUAAUUAAGAGAAAUCAUGUCAUUAGUUAGACCUGCAGAGCUUUCUGCCACAGCAUACCGAAAUCAUAAACUCUACUCACUCAGCAGAAGCAAUGAGAAUUCUGGCCUGUCCAGCCAAAUGUUUGGAUCUGAUAAGCGGAAGAACAUGUAUAUUACUAAUUCUGACUCUUGUGAGAGUUAUGAGAAGUACUUCAUUGACUCCCCAACAGAAGAACUAAUACACCCAUCUAGUUCUAGCGUUUCUGGGAAUUCAUUUCACCUGCAAGAUGUAUCUUCUUACCAGUUGAGAACUGGUUCAGGAUCCUCAAUGACCACUCAAGAUGCCUACAACACUUUUCUGUCAAUGAGACACCGUGGUACCUAUCAAUUCAAUUCAGAAUUAGAUUAUUUGGAAGUUCAAAGCCCAGAUGCAGUGGACUUUGAUGCAGAUGAGGUGAGGUUAAAGCUUCAGGAGCUUGAGAGAGCGCUACUAGAUGAUAAUGAAGAUGAUGAUGAGGAUGAAUUAUUUGGAAAUAGUCAGAGCAUGGAAAUUGAUGGUGAGUGGUCUGAAUCAAUCCAGAAUAUGAUGCUUCAUGACUCACCAAAGGAGUCAUCAUCUUCAGAUUCAAACUUAAGUAGCAUUAGCUGUAACAAAGAAGUGUCACAAUUAUUGCCUCGGACUCCCAAGCGUUUGCUUCUUGAUUGUGCUAAUGCACUUGCAGAAGGAAAUAUUGAGGUAGCUGAUGCAUUAAUAAAUGAUCUUCGUCAGAUGGUUUCCAUUCAAGGAGACCCUCCUCAAAGGAUUGCAGCCUACAUGGUGGAAGGUCUUGCAGCUCGCAUGGCUUCUUCUGGAAAAUUUCUCUACAAAGCUCUGAAAUGCAAGGAACCCCCUUCUUCAGAUAGGCUUGCUGCAAUGCAAAUUCUCUUCGAGGUUUGCCCUUGUUUUAAAUUCGGAUUUAUGGCAGCAAAUGGGGCGAUGAUAGAGGCAUUUAAAGGUGAAAAGAGAGUUCAUAUAGUAGAUUUUGACAUAAACCAAGGGAGUCAAUACAUAACACUGAUACAAACACUUGCCAAUCAGUCAGGUAAGCUACCAUAUUUGAGAUUAACUGGGGUUGAUGAUCCUGAGUCAGUUCAACGUCCUACUGGUGGCCUGAAGAUAAUUGGGCAAAGGCUUGAGAAGCUAGCAGAAGCACUUAAGGUGCCAUUUGAAUUCCAUGCUGUUGCCUCCAAGACUUCACUUGUUAGUCCAUCAAUGCUGGAAUGUUUACCUGGAGAAGCACUUGUAGUUAAUUUUGCUUUCCAACUCCAUCACAUGCCUGAUGAGAGUGUAUCAACAGUAAACGAGCGAGACCAGCUUCUCCGAAUGGUUAAGAGCCUAAAUCCAAAGCUUGUAACCGUAGUUGAACAAGAUGUGAACACCAAUACCGCUCCCUUUUUGCCAAGGUUUGUUGAAGCCUAUAAUUACUAUUCUGCUGUGUUUGAGUCCCUUGAUGCAACUUUGCCAAGAGAAAGUCAAGACAGGGUGAAUGUCGAAAGGCAGUGCCUGGCGCGUGACAUAGUAAACAUAAUAGCGUGUGAAGGAGAUGAAAGGAUCGAACGUUAUGAAGUUGCAGGUAAAUGGCGAGCAAGAAUGAAGAUGGCUGGCUUCACUUCAUGUCCAAUGGGUCCUAACAUAGUGGAUAUGAUUCGAAAACUCAUAAAGCAGUACUGCGAUAGAUACACGUUGAAGGAGGAAAUGGGUACGCUGCUUUUUGGGUGGGAAGAAAAAAGCUUGAUAGUUGCUUCGGCAUGGAGGUGACCAGCACCAUUUGGUUACUACAGCAUCGGCACAUCUUACUUUUCUUUAGUCCUGUAUUAUAUUUUUGUGAGAUCAAGAUGCAUGUUAAUAUAUGAUCUUAUAUUCUUAUUAGACAAAAAUAAGGACUUCCUAAUGUCGUGCUAGAGUAAAGUAGGAGGGUUGCUAAUUUAUUUAUCAUUAUCAGAUUUUCUUUAUUUUUUUCUUGCUACUUUUCACUCCA